GACAGUUUCUCCCACCAAUAAUGACGACGGUGGGACGACAACCUGAACAGCUAAACAGGGACCGCGCCAUCUAUAGCAAGACGCCACACACGCACAGCACACUAGCAAGGCAUCAGUCAGUUCCCUGCUACAGAUGCUACCUAGGUACUUACUACCUUGUAGCUGGCCAGACAUCGGUAGACCACGGGCGGGCGGCGCAACUCAUCGAAAUCAAGUUACAGGUUCUCAAAGCAUACCUCAGCUUCACGUCGGACGUCCUUGCUCCAGAAUGGUUCGGUAGCAACAGCCUUCUUGACCAUGCAGUGUGCGAGGUCAACGAAUGAGUGAACGAUUGAGUCAGCCGCCAGGUACAGUAACUAGCACUCAAGAAAGGCUGCCAACCUCUUGUUGAGAGGUGCACGGGUGGGCUCACAGAACCAACACUUCGGCCGACGCUGGGCGUCCUGGAAGCCAUGUCUAGGUUUGAGCUGCCAGUGCGCGAAGCGAUAGGAAGGAUAUGGUCGGCUGGUCACAACAGACCAAGACCAAGCUUACCUUUAUCGCUACAUCCACGCGGCGCGGUACCCGUAUCUCGUCAUGUACAGGAGCGACAGGUACCAGUCCAGCGCCAGCAGAGCAGCGCCCUUUUAGAAUGUGCAAACUUGACACCAAGGCGGCUGCUGUUGUCGAGCAACGGUUGCGCCGGCAGAAGGUCCGGUGCCAAUGCCAUUCGUUGUUUUUCCUCAUCCCCUUUCUCCUUGGCCAAGUCACAAGAGUCAAAAGCAGAAGAAGCAUCCGGCCAGCAUCAUGCCAGCGCUCCAUCAGCAGAUGAAAUCCAACAAGACAUCAAACGGCCAGCGACAGGAGCGACGCCACCGCAAGGGAGUCUCAGCAUCGUUUUCACCGACAUCGUCAAAUCAACAGCGAUCUGGGAAAGGGACAGCGCGGCCAUGAUGCAGGCGAUGCAAGUGCACGACCAGAUGAUCCGGCACCUGACCGAAGUGAACCAGGGUUACGAAGUGAAGCAGAACGGAGACGGCUUCAUGAUCGCCUUCCCAACCGCCACGGCAGCCGUGCAAUUCUGCCUCGACGUCCAAGAACAGCUGCUCGACGGGAACUGGCCACGCGCCAUCCUGAAGUUGCCCUCUGGACAAGAGACCAAGGACUCCGAAGGCCAUCUGCUCUUCCGGGGCUUGCAGUUGAGAAUGAGUGCCCAUUGGGGCAGCCCCGUGUGUAAUUGGAACGAGGUGAUUCAGCGCAUGGAUUACCUGGGUCCCAUGGUCAAUCGAGCCGCCAGGUUCAUCGAAGCCACGGAGGCAGGCCAGAUUGUGGUUUCGGAGGAGUUUCUGAGCCAGUUGCAGGCCGAAAUGGAAAUGGAACUGCAGGAAGACAAAGAAGAAGAACAAGGGAGUAGUGCUGCUCAACCGGUAGACUCUGCCUCAUCAUCGGUAUUGCAGAUGCAGCAAUCCGAGUCGCAGUCACACCUCUCGGAUGGCUGCAGCAGUAGCGCAAGCAGCAACAACAACCAGAACCACGAGAUGAACAAUCCCGAGAACCCUAUUAAGUCCGAAUCCGUCAACAACUACAACCACGGCCAUGGCCAUGGGGACGACACAGAUGUCGGUCAUGUGGACCUCCCAGCCCUCCGGUCCAGGCGAGGCCAGCAGAAACUCACGCACCAGCAAUUCCAGGUCCGGCUCCUGGGCGACCACGAAUUCAAGGGUCUUGAGACGCCGCAGCGCCUCUACUUCCUUGUCCCACGCUCUCUGGAGGGAAGGGAGGAAUACUGGCAUCAAGUCACUCGAGUGCCCGGCGUCAAAGGGAAUAUACGAAGCGGGUAACGAACAGCUACUUUGUCAGUACAUGUGCACGUGGGUCAUGAAGCAGACCUGAACUUCAAUUGCGUCGCAAGCCGAUUUGUUUCAAGUUGGUUUCUCUUUCCUUCAGUCACAGAAGGCCACCGCCAUUGCAAGGGAGAAAUUCGACUGCUGGUGCGGUUGUUAUUACUGUUACUGUUACAAUUUUUUGUUGGACGGUAGACGGUGGAGAAGGGGUGGCGGUACAAGCUCACGUACGAACAGUAGGGGGUGACAUGUCGGCAACAGCACGCUGUUCAUAUAUGUAGAUAUGAUAAGUACUGGAUGGUGUUAUAGUGUUCAUUCGAGCUUCAGUGUUCAUAACUUCCAACGGGUGGGAAAGGUCAAUCUUUAGGAAAAGCUGGAGCUUAUUGGCGAAAUCAAGGCAAGGGUACUUAAGGUAGGCGGAAAGAAGAUAACGGUGAUUGCACGGUGUGGCAUUCUGUGAAGUAUAACAAGCGCAAACAACCUUGUCGAGGUGAAACUUCAGAACUAUUUCCAGUAAACAGAUCAAUUCGCCGUGAAAUUGCUUUUCCAUCGAGAAAUAGACCUGGAACAAUCCAC